AUGAGUAGUAUUGUUGGAUCAACUCGUGGGAUUGGGAGCAAGUAUGGGCUUGGUGUCAGUUCUCUGGGAUCGUCCAGCGACGUCGUUCAAAUACGUUUACAGGGUGAUUCCUAUCCUAGUAGCGAUUCUUUGGGUUUGUCCGGAAUGGAUAUGUUCGGUGGACUAUCUGGUUAUGGUGUUUCUUCCGGUGUACCCUAUUAUGUUGACUCAGUAGGUGGAAGUGUAAGUCUAGGUGGCGGAAUGUUGGGAUUUGAUGAUGAACUUGGCCACUCAGGACUAGAUAAUAGUGAACUUGUUCAGUUAUUGGGAGGCAGUCAAGCUAUUGCCCAGCUUUCUGAUAGUCAACUAGAAGAACUUGGUCGUGCACAAUUUACUAUCGUGGAUCCUAGGACUGACAGUGAACUGGCAAACUGUCCUCUAAGUUUAUCCGUAGAAGAAGAUGAUCGACCCUUAGAUGAAGAUGAGAUCUUGUGUGUAACCAAAGCAAGAUGUCUGGAUCGUGUUCGUGUCCUGUCUGUUCCAGCUUCCGGAUAUACAAGUAUAAAUACUGGUGAUCUUGCUAAAUGCAUCAAUCUGCGUGAAUUAGAUUUGUCAGAGAAUGCAUUACGCGUAUUCCCCAGACGUCUGCAUUUACCGCAGUUAACAAAACUCAGCAUUACAGGGAAUAGAUUUAUACACCUACCGUUGUUUGAACAAUUUCCUAAACUCAUUCGAUUGAAUUUAGACGACAAACUGAAACAAUUAUUAAACCCUCAAAUGUUGGUCUAUUUUUGUCCGAAACUUAAGUAUAUUAAUGGUAUAUAUUUUGAAGAAAUGUUAACCGAUUUCACAGUUCGUAUUAUUCAAGAAGCACGGUCAAUAAUGGAACCUAUUAUAAGAUCAAAAUGGGAAACAGACUUUGCUGAUCAGUAUCCUUUUGUUAAAAAUCGAGAAGAACGUAUGUCAUUGAUUGAAAACAUGAUGGAGCAUAUAAAAGAGCGUAAUCUUCUGGUUGGUGAAGCCUUAAACAAGUAUAAAGAUUUAUUGUUGUUUCGCUGUAUCGACGAGUUUUUACGAUCCAUGAUAUAUGAUGCCACGGAUAGGGAAUUGUUGCAUGCAGUUAAUUCUCUGGAUACUCCUAAACCAAUUACAGAUGUAGAGAAAUCUACGGAUGUCACUCAUACUACUACGACUACUACUGAUGUUACAAAUAAAGUAUUUGUCAAGUCAGGUGAAUCCACCGCUAAUGAGAAUCAUAAUUUGGCAGAAACCAUCACAAAUAAAAUGACUGAUAACUAUUUGACUGAAUCGGUUGAUGAUGGCGCUGCUGCUCAUGAUAAUGAUGGGGAUAUCACUGGUGGUGCUACUAUUACUACUACCACUGCUACUAUCAUCAGUCAACAUGAGAAUAUUGAUUCAUUACAGUUACGUACAAAACUUUCUGCACGUGAUUUGGAAUCUGACGACAUACAAGAGGAUGAGGAGGAGGAGGAGGAAGAAGAAAAAGAAGCAGCUGCGCGAGCUGCAAAUGAAUGUGCGCUAUUCGAUGCUGCCGACGAAUUGUUAGGUACUCAUUUACCUGAUUUACAGUUAUUAGCUCAAAGUGCUAAUCAACUGCAAACUACUUUUUUUGUGGAUUCAAUGGGUCGUUUACAUCAACAACAAGUACUUCUCACUCCGAAUGGUGCUUGUCAAUUAGGUUUACAAACUAAUGGACUAUCAAAUUAUCAGUUGCAUUUGGGACGGUCAUUACGUCAGGGUCGUUCUAUAGUUAUGACUGUUGUUCGUCCACGUGGUAUCAGUGGUCGACCAGUGGCUGAAUUUUUACCUGGUGAACUGCGUAACAAAGAUUAUGUCAAAGGUUAUAUGGCCUCUGAGAUAUAUAAGAAGGCUGUCAAAGAUACUUUAGGUCAAAAAGCAACUCCUAAGAAACGUACUGGUACUGGUAAAAUUCGAAAAUCUGAUCAAAUUAAUACAUCAACGGGGGAACGUCCUUGGCCUGGAUCGACAACAUCUAGUACGAUUCCAUUAGGCGAACUGAAUACCGAAGUGGGCAAUGCAGGAGCACCUACCAAAAGAGUAACUUGCACAUCCAACCAGAUGGCGAAUUCACGAACCGGAUCAAAUCGGCCGAGUAAAGUCGACUUUGAUGUCGGCGAAGACACAGGUGGCGCAACAGGCGGUCUUCCUCCUCGACCAAAGAAACGGAAGUCUAUGGGAAUGCAUAGAAGUUUAAGAGAUCUUUGUUCAGAUACCCCAUUCUCAUCUGAUGCCUAUAACAAUACCACUACUAAUACAGUUGUUGGCGGUGGUCCUAGAUCUGAUGCAACUCCAAUCGACUACGAUCCAUUACAUUUCAUUCGUUGUCAUGCUAAGGACAAUGAUGCAGGAGAUAGUGAAACUAAAGUUUGGCGUUGCCUGUUUGAGCCAAAUCCAAUGAGACCCGAUGAAACAACUCACGUAGUUGCAACCUGUGGUGGUGAAUGUGUCUGUCUCAUCAAUUGUGAAACUGGCAAAGUUAUGAAGCGUUUUAAACAUAUGGAAGAGGAAUUUUAUACCAUAGCCUGGACAACUGUUGAAGUUGAAGGCAGUAAACGUACUAAUAUAUUAGCUGCUGCAGGUCGUAUGCAUGAAAUCAGACUACUUCAUCCAGAACAGUUGGUUUGUUAUGCUGAAAUGAAAGGCCAUACAGAAGAUGUCACAGCUAUGAUAUUUCAUCAAACACAAUCUACAAUUUUAUUCAGUGGAGAUUCUAAAGCAUCUGUAAUCGUUUGGGAUAUUGGGAUUCCAUCUGUUCCAGACUAUAAAACACGUUAUCAACUUUUAAUGCGUCUUCGUUGUCCUAGAUUAGAUGUGAAUCCAGUAUUAAAUCUAGUUUUCCUUCCACAUUAUGCUUAUUUAAUAGCUGGUUGUGAAGAUGGACUGUUUGCAUGGAAAAUAACCGAUCUACGUUUAGAGAAACGAGAACGUGAACCGGAUAUGGAGUUGAAAUUGGACUUUAACCAUGAAGUUUGUAUUGAUGCUUUAGCUCAGCUAAGCGAUAAUGCAUUAGUUUUAAAAGUAGUGGAGUCUGGUGAAAUUAUGGUGUUCGAUUUUGCAUCUAUUUUGGAACGACGUAAAGGACUUCAGCGUGUUGUUCCAAUUGAAAUGCGAGGUCACUUGUUAUGGCAGAAAACAGAUGAAAUCUAUAUCAAUGUAUCUGUUAGACAAAAUCUAGGUGCGGUCCUAUGCGGUGAUAACGAAGGCUCAAUUUGGAUAUAUGACUUGGACCCAUACUUGGAUGAUUUGCAUUCUUCUAGUCGUAAACGUUUUCAUGUAAAACCAAUCAAGAUUCUUGAAUGGCCUGAAUGUUCAGUUCAAGGUAAUCGUGAUGAAGAUCAACAAUUGAAAGAAAGUAUUACAUCAGGUUUUCGUAAUCCUGUUGUAAAUUCAGUUGAAAUGAGCUCAGAUGGUUAUUAUCUAGCAGCUGUAACUGAUAACAAUCUUGUAUGUAUAUGGCGAUAUGCUCCACCGCAACAACAACAAUACUCUCAAAUAAUUCAACAAACCACAACAUCAUCAUUACAUCAAACUACUCCUAUGCAACAUAAUAGCAAUCAAUUAACAGCUAUCAAUAGUUCUAUUGUUACUGUUCCCAAUGUUGCUGACAUAGUCAAUGAUGAUACAUCAUCGUCAACGAUAGCAUGCAUGGAGCUUUUAAACAAUACUAAUACUAAUAAUUCAUCAAUUGCUUUAAAAUCAAAUGCCAUAGAACUUGUUACUACCGGUCAACAUUUAUUAGACUAA